CCGAGCGACAACAUUCCCGGAUAAUACACGAGAAGACUUGAAACGAGUCACAAAAUUCUCACUUUGUUUUCCUUUUUACCUCACCGUGAAGAUAAUACAGGCUCAGAAUUGUUCCUUUGGCGACUACAGAAAGAUAUUUCACCCUGGCUACAGUUUCUUGUUGUGAGUCAUCUAAGAUGUCCUCAUCCUCACCUGUAGCAGAGAACUGGUGUUACACUCAAAUCAAAGUUAUAAAGUUCUCCUACAUGUGGACAAUUAAUAACUUCAGCUUUUGCCGCGAGGAAAUGGGGGAAACACUGAAAAGCUCAACGUUCUCAGCUGGGGCCAAUGAUAAGAUGAAAUGGUGUUUGAGAGUAAACCCAAGAGGCUUAGAUGAAGAAAGCAAAGACUAUUUGUCAUUAUACCUUCUCUUACUGGCUUGUAACAAAAGUGAAGUGAGAGCAAAAUUCAAGUUUUCAAUUCUUAACGCUAACAGAGAAGAAACAAAGGCUAUGGAGAGUCAAAGAGCUUACCGGUUUGUUCAAGGUAAAGACUGGGGUUUUAAGAAGUUUAUAAGAAGAGACUUUUUAAUGGAUGAAGCUAAUGGUUUAUUACCAAAUGAUACAUUAACAUUGUUUUGUGAGGUCAGUGUUGAAGGUGACUCAGUGAAUGUAUCAGGUUCAUCACACACAGCAGCACUCAAAGUCCCAGAGUGCAAACUACCCAGACACAUGGGAUCAUUAUUAGACUCUGGCUCCUUCAGUGACGUGACACUGUGUACUAGGGGCCGAGAAUUUAAAGCUCACAAAGCUAUAUUGGCUGCACGUUCCCCUGUAUUUGGGGCCAUGUUUGAACAUGAAAUGGAAGAAAGUAGGAAAGGUCGCGUAGAAAUAAGUGACAUAGAUCCAGAUGUGUUUCAUGAGAUGCUAAAGUUUGUUUACACUGGUAGCACACCACAACUUCAAGGAAUGGCAGAUGAUCUUUUAGCUGCUGCAGAUAAGUAUGACCUUGAUAGACUCAAAGUUAUGUGUGAAGAGGCAUUGUGUUCGAAUCUUACAGUAGACAAUGUUUGUGACAUUCUGAUAUUAGCUGACAUGCAUAGUGCAACACAACUCAAGGCACAAGCACUUGACUUCAUCAAAAGCCGUGCAACAGAUGUGAUGGAGUCCAAUGGAUGGAAAACUCUCAUAAGUGACCAUACUCACCUCAUCGCAGAAGUUUUCAAAGCUGUUCUUGCCUCGACACAGACACCAUUAAUAGGACCACCAAGGAAAAGACAAAAGACAACGUAAGCUGCAGAGGGAAAAUUUAUUUCUUAAGAAUAAUAAUAUUAUUGCUAUUAUGAAAAAAAAGUAUAUUUAAGGAACAAUCAUUUUUAAGCCUUUCUUCGACUUUAUCAAUGAAAGAUGUGUUUGAAUUGUAUAAUUAACUUAAUGGUAUAACCUUUAAUGAAAUUGUCAUGAUGUUUCUUGCUUCUUUUUCUUUCUUGCUACUAAUUUCUCUAGUUUGGGUUGACCUUAAGUUAAGCAGUCAUUUCUUCUGCUAGAUUUCCAUUUACAACUACAGUUCAUAGUUCCUUAAAUUUGUGUCACAUCUUAAAUUUUAUUCCACACAUUUGCUCCAGAAAUUGUGAGAUGGGGCAAACAUCUAUGCUCUAGUAGUCCAGCUCUUCAAAAAGCUGUAAUGUAAUGCAUUGAUCAAUUCAAAGCUACAACAUUCCUCCUUCCCUCAGGCAACCCUCAGGGCAUUUGAACUUUUGUGGAUUGGUUUCUUCAAAGUCCACCCCACCCCCAGGGUAAAAAUUGAGUUCAAAUGCCCUACCCAAAUUUUUAUUUAAAGGCAAAAUAAGCAACCAUGACUUUCUACUUAUUGACCAAGUUUUAAAACUUAGAGACUACCUUUUCUUCUGAACCAUUUGCUUGCAACGGUGAACUAUUUACCUUAAACACCCUAUUUAAAGAUGUAACACAUUUAUUCAGCUGGAAAGACUUGACACUUCUGUUUCAAAUUCACCACCCCAUCCUAGCAUGGUUCAUAUUCCCUACACUGCUGCACAUGGACAAGGGUCAAAUCCCUGUGGGUUGCUGGGGGGGAGGGGUUGUUGAAGCUUCAAAUUGUUUGGUGCAUUAUCUGCUACUACUGACAAUCUGGUAGAUUUGAUAGCAUGUCAUUUGUUUUUGCUUUAGCUUCUUCUCACUGAACAAUAUUGACUUUUUCCAUGAGUAAUCUUUGCAUCUUACCCUUUCUGGCUCUGCUUUACCUUAAUUGUUCUUCAAAUUUGGAACAGAAAAAAUGAUUGCUCCUUAAAAAAUUUAAUGUUAGAUAGCUUCCCCUCCCUCCCCCACAAGAAAAAAAAAUAUAAGAUUGUUGUACCGACUAGUACUUUAAUGAACCUUGUAUCAUAGUGUAAUAUACAAGUGUUUGUAAGUAAUUGUCAUAACUGUCAACAUUAAUUAUUUAGUCAAAAUAGCAUGGAAACAAAUUUAAGCCAAAAAUUUAAUGGUGUCUGGUUCAGAAGUGUUUCUUUUUGACACUGGAAUGUGACAGAAUUCCUUGCAUACCCUGUCCACUUCACCAUAGUUUGGUAUGGUGGCCAUAGGUGUGUUACAUUUAAGUUAGAAGCUAUGUCAAUGUUGGGGUGAAGUGCUCUAGAAGCCACCUACAGUUUACUGUUACAUUUACUGGACAUCUCCUUCACUGCCAUUGUUUACUGUGAUCAUGCUGUCUGAUUGUUGGUGGGAGUGACUGACAUUUUGACAACCUUAGAGAAAUGCAUUGUCGACUCUAAUGAUGACAUCAUCUAUUGUAAUGUUUCCACUCAAGUGCACGUUACUAUUUCUCUCUCUCUCUCUCUCCUUUGAGUGUGAUCCCUCUCGUUUUGAUGUAUGAUGUGACCAAGAGUACAGCUGCAAGGGAGAUUAACACAUUUACCUAGGGCAAUGUGAAAUGGUUAAGCCUGCCAGACAGGUGCCCAGUUUAGCACUUUUUUUUAGAGAUUUAAAGAAGGGUGAACAGGCAAGAACUCACUUUGCUGUCAUUUGUGCCCCUCUACUUGUUCCUUGCUUUUAGAGGACAUGGCAUGCUGGCUAAAUUUGUUGGCUGAAUGAUUUGAAACAGUGGUUGUGAAGGAGUUCUUCAAUUUGAUCUUACCUUGUGUGACUUAGCUUAUAUAAUUUUACCCCUUAACACCGUAAAGACUAGAUUAGGUGAAAAUACCAAGGGAAAUGUUAUCUAGUUAAAAGAUCCACUAAAAUUCUCUUGACUACGUAUAAAUAUAAGGCAAUUUAUAUUGGAAGUUGACGAGUAAUGGGACAAUUGUUGUGGUAAACUCAGCCGGUUUGGGUUUGGUUCUCAGCAACAAAGUAAGAUAGAGUAACCGCUGAGAUAAAGAAUCUUAGCAAUUCAUGAUUUAAAACAGUUACAUCUGCCAUUUGGGGUUAAAGCAUGCUUUUGUUGAGGCUACACAGCAGGCAGUAUGCAGAGGGACAGUAGGAAUAGGAGUUAAAGUUACAAGCAAAGCUGAAGACGUGCAAGGAGUAGCUCUUCUUGCGAUUUCUAACUUUAUUCUCCCUUAUUUCAUGUCACUAGCAUGUACUAUACUUUUUACCUUUUACGCAGUUGUACAUCCCCCUUCCCUAGGUUGACGUAAUGCUCUAUUUUCUCGCUGUUAAUCAAUAAGUGUUCAUCAGCAAAUAACUUACAAGUCGUAUGCGAGGAUGGCGGGUGGUAUCUCGUUUUGAACGCUUGGCAAAUGCCCCCUCUCAGAUGGUUGCUGAUAUUUUGUGGCAAAGAUUUUAGCUUGACAAUCUUUUGCUAUCGCAAAAGAAAAAGGUCUCGCACAAUACUUUACGUCAUGCUUUCCGGUAGUUCACAAGUGGCUACAGGGGUUAAUGUUAUAGUUGCACAAAAUUUGUCUCGGUCACCAAGGUAACACACACUGUAAAAAGUAUUCUUUUAGGUCACUGUUUGCGUGACCAGGAAAUAUUGCGUGACGGUGUCCACAGUGGGCUUUAAAGUUUUCAUGCAAUACUAAGUUUUUAAGAAAACUUAAAAAGUAACCUUAAAUAUUUUCUUUUUAACGUGUUUUAGAUACUCGAACAGGUGGAAAAUCUAUUAUUUUUAGCAACGUUCACAAAAGAAAAAACUUGAGCCUGAAAACUUUGUUUUGCACCAAAGUUACUAACCGCUACGUCACAUUAUCAAGCUGUUACCAUCCUGCAUAGAAAUAAUUGCUUUUGAUAUGGUGCGGGGUUGAUCAAGGACUACUCUUGACAAACUCUCCACCCUGGUAUCAAGAGACAUUUUAACCCCCUUGCCCUCCCCCCACCAUUGACCUCUCUCAAUAGUAAACGAAAGAUGGCUGCAUUUCGACGAUUGCUCAAGAAAGUUAGUUUUGAUCAGUUCUCGUUUUAUAAUAUAUUUAGGCCAAUGAAACGUGAUAAGAUAAAACUCAUUCAUUUCAGAAAAAAAAAUCGAAAAAUUCUCUCGAGGAGAGAGACAAACAUAGUAUGGAAAAUUUCGAAAGAAUUUUUUUGCUGAUACACAGGAAGCCCAUUGUGGACAACGGUUACUUUAUUUUUAGUUGUACGUGUUGGUAUGUAUGUACGCAUUAUGUAUGUAUUUAAUAAGAUGCAUUAUGUUUGGAAGAAU